AUGCUGGCUGUAAGGAAUAGGACGAAGCUGAUAGUCGGCAUCGACUACGGUACAACAUAUUCAGGUCUCAGUUUUGCGCUCUCCAAUGCCGCAGACUUCAAAGACAUUCAUCCAUGGACAAAAUACCCCGGCUCGUCAACUCACAUCGCAGAACACUGCCACAAAGCUCCAUCAUGGGUUGCCUUCAAAGAUGAGAAUCCUGACCUGGAAGAAAACGCAUGGGGCUAUCAAAUCGAACCUGGUAUGAAGACUUACGCAUGGACAAAGCUCCUACUCGAUGAUCAAGCACUCGCAACAGAGUAUGAUGAUCCGGAUCUUAACAAGGCCGCUGGAAAUGGCCUCAUGAGAUUACCAGCUGGCAGAACUGCCAAAGACGUGGUUACCGAGUACCUGAAGGGCAUGCAUUCUAUGUAUAAGAAAGCUGUCAUUGAGAAGAUUGGGGAGGAUAUCCUUGAGGAGAUGCCUGUUGACUUUUGGUUGACUGUUCCAGCGACUUGGACGGAGAGAGCGAAGCUUAUAACUAGAGCUGCAGCCUUGGACGCUGGAUUUGCGUCGAGACCUAUUGAUCGUUUGAGCUUGAUCACAGAACCAGAUGCUGCUGCACAUAUGGCUUUGAAGUCCAGCAUUCAUCACGUCGAAGAUCUUAUUGAUGUUGGCACGGGCGUGAUGGUUUGUGAUCUUGGCGGUGGUACUGUCGAUAUUACAACAUCAGAGAUAGUCAGAAAGUCACCUUCUCUAAAGCUGAGGGAGAUUGCCAUUGGAGCAGGUGGUAAAUGCGGCGGGACAUUCGUAGACCGCAAUCUCUACAAGCUCCUCGCAAAACGUUUCGGAACUGCGUUCACCAGCCUGGGUCCACAGCAUGUAGGUCCCGGUAGUCAGUUCAUGGACCAAUUUGAGAUGCGCAAAAGAGAUUUCAGCCUCGAUACACCGAGUAAGAAAUCUUAUAAACUAACCCUACCUAUGCGAAACUUGGUAGUCACUUCGGAGAUGCAAAAGUACUACGAUCCUGACUUCAACUGGGUACUUCUGAGCAAAGAUGAUAUGAAGAGCCUUUUUGACCCCGUGAUUGACGUCAUUCUCAAGCUUGUAAAGGAUCAGGUUGAUCAAGUCAAGAGAGAUAAGGAGCCAAUAAUCAAGACUAUGUGUCUAGUUGGUGGGUUUGGUUCCUCACCUUAUGUCAAGGAGAGGUUGCUCGAAUGGUGCUCUGAGCAAGAGAUACGGCUUACAACACCAUGGACAGGCGCUUGGGCAGCUGUUGUCUGCGGUGCUGUGUUGCGAGGCGUCGAAGGCUCUAUGGUCAGACAAAAGAAAUGUCGUCGACACUAUGGACAUAGCAUCUCUCGAACAUAUGAUCCAGCAGUUCAUUUCAACUUCGAUGAGAACAAGCGAAGAUUAUGGAACGAUCCCUGGACCAAGGAACAAAACCUAUCUGGCUUCAUGGAUUGGGAGAUUGCAAAGGGCGCUCUCCUCGACGACGACACUGAGAUCAGCACAAGUUUCUACUCGCACUUCUCAGAAUACUUUGAUGGAAAGCACACGCAUGAUCUUUACUCGUGCAGCUUGGAUGAGGCACCCGAGACUAUCGAGAACGAACGAAUUGAGAAAGUUGGCGAGGUUUUGUACACCAUUGAUGACAUUGGUAUUGACAAGACAAAGAUCAAGUCCAUCCAGGACGCCAACGGUAUUCACUGGUAUCAGCUACUACUCACCUUGACGAUUCGUCUCAGUGACGACGAUGUUGGUGUACUGGUAUGUCGCAUCUUCUGUCGCGGGAAGGAGGUUGGAAAGGCAGAGAUAGGGUACUCUUUUACGUGA